AUGUCCACUUCGCUGUUCCUUUCGCUGCCUGGCGAGCUUCGCAACCGCAUCUACGAAUACUGCGUCGAGCCAAAAGCUAUACAACUGCCACGAAUGCCCAAACGACCAGAGAAGCCUUACGAACAUGUUCGCCUUGGACUGUACGGCGGUUUUCGCAACGUGUGCCGGCAGACACGCGCAGAAUUCGGGUCAAUGUACAUGGCCAAGACGGUCCUUGUCAUCCACCAGGUCACCGCGCAAAAGUUCUUCUAUUCCUUCUAUCCUGGACUGAGGAAACAAAAUGGAAUUGGAAACGAACCGCUACAGCCGGGCCGCACGAACGACGAGCUUCCUGUGUCGACUGGCGUUCCUGGCGUGCAAGGCAAUAUUCGAAUUACCACAUACUACGGGCUCCGAUACGACGCGAGACUACUCGCACGUCUUUGCGCAAAGUACCCCUCCGUCAAGGUCGCGUUCACAGAUGCUAGUGCAUGUCUUGAUCUUGCGUCCUCCGUCGACGACUUCUUCGCCCACAUCUCGUCCGGCGCUUUUCGUCCGCACUUGGAGCUUGUGUUUCAAAGGAUCGAGAUUACCUGCAGCACCGUGCCUGAGAUAUGUUUCACCUUCUAUUCGAGGGAGAUAAUGGAAGAAGCCAUGAAGCGGGUUGGGGAGGUGGACUCACGGCAGGCUUUGAUUGAGAUGGGUGCGCCGCCCAUGGAUGCGUUUGCUAUACUGUUCACGGAUGCUACGAGCGUGUAUAAGCACUCCGCACCGCAGGCUUGA